UUCCACUACGUUCCUUACACUGAAGCAAGCCAACAAUGGCUGCCAUGGAAGGUGUGGUGCAAAGCCAAGCUCAAAUCCCUCAACAACAACAACAACAACAACAACAACAACAACAAUUACAACCACAACCCAUGGCUGUUGAGAGGCUGAACGAAGCAGUACAGCAACAGCUCAACCUUCAGUCCGUCAAAACCCGCGCUUUGAGCCUCUCGAAAGCUAUUGGUCGAAUUCUCGAUGACUUCAACAACUAUGCUCGCACCAACACCACUCCCAAAUGGCAAGAUAUACUGGGGCAGUAUUCAAUGGUGAAUCUUGAGCUUUUCAACAUUGUUGAUGAAAUUAAGAAGGUUUCUAAGGCUUUUGUGGUUCAUCCCAAGAAUGUCAACGCUGUUAAUUCUUUAGUAUUACCAGUUAUGCUUUCCUCGAAGCUGUUGCCUGAAAUGGAAGUGGAUGACAACUCCAAGAAGGAGCUGUUGCUUCAUGGGAUGCAGAACUUGCCAAUACCAUCACAAAUUGAGAAGUUAAAGACGAGAAUUGAUAUGAUUGGAGCAGCAUGUGAAAGUGCUGAAAAAAUAUUAGCCGACACUCGUAAAGCCUAUUGUUUUGGAACCCGGCAAGGGCCUUCUAUUGUUCCAACACUCGACAAGGCUCAGGCUUCUAAAAUUCAAGAACAGGAGAACAUGCUCCGAGCUGCUGUUAAUUCUGGCUCUGGAUUACGGUUACCUGGGGACCAGAGGCAAAUUACACCUGCACUUCCAGUACAUCUUGUGGAUGUGCUCACUACAGGUGAUGGGGCGCAAGCAUUUUCUGAAUCAUCUGGUAUGUACCUUAAGAAUCCUGCUCCAUCAUCAAAUCCCAUGAGUGGUCAGAGCACUCUGUUACAGGCUCCUGGUUCACAACUUAUUGGAAGAUCAGCUGCAUCUCCUGGAGCUCCAAGUUCUACAACUUUUGAUAAUACAACAGCAUCUCCACUACCUUAUGCGAAUUCACCAAGGUCUGGUACAAGCAUGAUGAAUACACCAUCUCCUCAGCAACAAAAUCAGCAACAGCAGCAGCAACAGCAACAACAACAGCUGCAACAGCAGCAGAGGCAGAAGUUGAUGCAACUACCUCAGCAUCCGCAGCAACUCCUUGCUCAACAACAGCUUAGGCAGUCUGCAAUGCAAGGACUAGGACAGAACCAGCUAUCCCAGUUGCAUGAUUUGCAGGGCCAGGCUCAGCAGAAGUUUCAGUCGUUACAUGGGCAACAUCAAAUGCAAUUUUCUCAGCCAAUGGGACACCAGCAAUUUCAGGGUAGGCAGCUGCCAUCUGGGCAUGUUCAACAUGGCAUCGGUCAAAGUCAACUCAGCCAAGGAAAUCAAAUUAAUCGUCUAAGCCAGUUUUCUAGUGCUGCUGGUACCGCAUUGUUUAAUGCAGCUCAGACAACUGCAAAUACUCAAAUGAUUCCAAACAUUUCAGCUACAAUGCCAUCACAAUCACUUCUGCCACGGGUGCAGUUUGGAUUAUCUGGUAACAAUCCACAGAGGAGUCAUGCUUCCCAGAUUUUGAAUGAUCAGAUGUUUAACAUGGGAGCAGCCAAUCCCAGCGGUAUGAUGCCUAUGCAACAGCAGCAGCAACAACAGCAUAAUUCCCAAGGUGCAUUUGGUAACAUGGCACCAAAUGCUCAGACUCUUCAAUCUAACAUGGUAGCUCUACAGAACACACAACAGAAUCAUCCGAAUUUCGCUCAACAGAGACAGCAAAAUCAACAAUAAGACACUUCACAGAGUUUCCAAUUUGUGGAUUUUAAAGAACUUGGAAUUGCUAUGUUCUGGAAACUGCUUAAUAUUUAUCUUUCUAGGUGAGGUAUUUAUUGUCACGACCUCAUUUUAUUAUUCUUAUUGUUUCAAAUCUUGUAUGCUCAAUCAUAUUGAACCAGAAAAAAAGAUUUUAAUGGUUUCCCAUUUGUUGAUUAAAUGAUAAAUGUAUUAUAUUAUUAUUCAA